GUGUGAUAGAGCGAGACAACAUGAACAAGAGCGAAACCUACUAUGAGAUACGACCGUUGAAUCGGAAGCCUGCUCAAGGUUGCUCCUUCCUCGACUCGUUCAUUCGGGUUACCGUAACAACACAUUCAACACCAAGAUCAACAUGGCGGACGCUGCUCCAGCCCGUGGUGGAUUUAGAGGAGGAUUCGGAUCGCGUGGCGGUGGUGGCCGUGGCGGUCGUGGAGGACGUGGUCGCGGUCGUGGUCGUGGCCGUGGACGCGGCGGCAAGGAAGACUCGAAGGAAUGGGUGCCGGUAACGAAGCUGGGCCGUCUGGUGAAGGAUGGCAAGAUUCGCACGCUGGAGGAAAUCUACCUGUACUCGCUCCCGAUCAAAGAGUUCGAGAUCAUUGAUUUCUUCCUGAACCGUCUGCUGAAGGAUGAGGUGCUGAAGAUCAUGCCCGUCCAGAAGCAGACCCGUGCCGGUCAGCGUACCCGCUUCAAGGCGUUCGUCGCCAUCGGUGAUAGCAACGGUCACAUCGGUCUCGGUGUGAAGUGCAGCAAGGAAGUUGCCACCGCCAUCCGUGGUGCCAUCAUCCUGGCCAAGCUGUCGGUCGUCCCGGUGCGUCGUGGUUACUGGGGUAACAAGAUCGGUCGCCCGCACACCGUACCUUGCAAGGUUCAGGGCAAGUGUGGUUCCGUUCUGGUGCGUCUGAUUCCGGCACCACGUGGUACCGGCAUUGUGUCUGCCCCCGUACCGAAGAAGCUGCUGCAGAUGGCCGGUAUCGAUGAUUGCUACACCACCACCCGUGGCUCGACGACGACGCUGGGUAACUUCGCAAAGGCUACGUACGCCGCCAUUGCUAAGACGUACGCCUUCCUUACGCCGGACUUGUGGAAGGAUCUGCCAUUGAACAAGACCCCGUACCAGGAGUUUGCCGACUUCCUCGACAAGACAAACAAGACUGCACAGCGCAUCAUUGAGAUGUAAGGAGCACAUUCCUGCAUUU